AUGGCAGUCCAAAAGCGAGUACUACUGCUCUCCGCUGCUGCGCUCUCUUUCCUCUCCUUUCGCUACGUUCCUCAACUCGCCAUAUUUCCAGCGUCAUUUUUCUGGAAUGUCGCAACCAUCUUCCUAUUCGAGGUGAUCGCACAGCUGGCGUGGACAAUAGUGGUGUAUCCGCUGUUCCUCAGCCCGUUGCGUCAUUUGCCGCAGCCUCCAGACGCAAGCUUGGUCCUCGGACAUUUCAAAAGAAUCUUCAAAGAGCCAACUGGCGAACCGCAGCGCGACUGGAUUGACAAUGUCGAAAAUGAUGGCGUCAUCUAUUAUCGAUGGCUCUUCAACGAGUCACGUGUCCUCGUCACCACUCCCAAGGCCCUCGCAGAGGUGCUCGUACAGCGAAACUACGAAUUUGUCAAGCCCCAACGCAUUCGGCAAGGUCUGGGUCGCCUCCUUGGUGUCGGAAUCUUGCUUGCUGAGGGCGAUGAGCACAAGCGCCAAAGAAGGGCAUUGAUGCCUGCCUUCUCAUUCAGGCAUGUGAAGGAUCUUUACCCGACUUUCUGGGAUAAAUCACGGGAGAUGGUUAAGAAAAUGGCCGAUGGCAUCAAACCAGAAGACAACGGGACAUCUAUCGUGGAAAUCCGUGACUGGGCUUCGCGCGCAACCCUCGACAUCAUCGGAGUAGCAGGAAUGGGUCAAGAUUUCAAUGCCAUCGACAACCCAGAGAACGAACUUAACACCACUUACAAGACCAUUUUCUCCCCGGGCCGCGGGGCACAAAUCCUUCAACUUGUCGCAACUCUCCUCCCCCAAUGGUUCUUGAUGCUUCUGCCCCUGAAACGCAACGAGGAGAUGAAAGCAGCACUCGGAACGAUCAAGAGGGUCGCCGGAGACUUGAUCCGUGAAAAGCGCGCGAAGAUGGAAAAGGGCGGACGCAGCGAACUCGACAUCCUCUCCGUCGCCCUCGAAUCCGGCGGCUUCAGCGAUGACGAGCUGGUAAACCAACUCAUGACCUUCCUCGCUGCAGGCCACGAGACGACCGCCUCCGCCAUGACCUGGGCGACCUACCUCCUCUGCAAGCACCCCGAAGUGCAACGCAAGCUCCGCGCCGAAAUCCGCGCCUCCCUCCCCUCCAUCACCUCCUCGGACCCCAUCACCUCCACCACCAUCGACAAGCUCCCCUACCUCAACGCCGUCCUGAACGAAACGAUGCGCGUAUUCCCACCCGUACCCCUCACCCUCCGCGAAACCCUCUCCGACACCACGAUCCAAGGCUCCUUCAUCCCCGCCGGCACCUCCAUCAUCAUCUGCCCCUGGGCCAUCAACACCUCCAAAGCCCUCUGGGGUGACGACGCCCGCGACUUCAACCCGGACCGCUGGCUCGGCCAGGGCCGCGCCAACACCGGCGGCGCGGACUCUAACUACGCCAUCACGACCUUCCUGCACGGUCCGCGCAGCUGCAUCGGCAAGGACUUCGCGAAGGCGGAGUUUGCUUGCUUGGUUGCGGCGAUGAUUGGGAGAUUCGAGAUCGAGCUUGAGGAUCCGGGUAGGAAGUUGGAGAUCCAGGGUGGGAUUACGGCGAAGCCGAAGGGAGGGUUGAAUGUUAGGCUCACGGAGGUGGAGGGCUGGUAG